AUGCAGAUAGAAAGAAGUUUGAGUGAGGGGGAUACUGUAAUAUCAGAUAUUACUCAAAAAUGCGUCUCCACAGCUGGUAUUUUGGAUGAGAAUGAUCCUGACAAUGCGAGAUUUAUGAUACUUAUUAGAGAUGCUAUGGAAGAACUUCAGAAACAAGUUGGAAUUGAGCGUUCUAUGUAUCAUAAGAGUCGCGAGGAACUAGCCAGAGUUGAACGUGAUAAUAGAAUACUACAGAGCGAACUGAGCUUAGAGAGAGAGCGCAAUAAUCGCAUGAAAUCUGAGCUUGAUAAACUCGAGAAUGCAAUGAAUGAGCGUAAUAAUGAGUUUAAGGAUGAAGGGGAGAAGUAUUGGAAUCUUUAUAAGGAGGCAUUGGAUAAGAUUGAUACACUGGAGAGAAAUCAGGAAUUAGACCCUCGUAUAGAGGCACUGGGAAAUGAAGUAAAACAGCUGGAAGAAAAAUUAGAAAUAGAGAGAAGUAUUGCUGAAUCAUAUAAACAGGAUAAUCAAAGACUAGAUCAGGAACUGAAAAAUAUGACCUUUGAAUUUCAGUCAAAACUUCAGGACUUGACUGAGAAGUUAGACAUUGAAAAAAUAGAGAAUGAGUCCAUAAUUACCCAAUAUAAUGAACUUGCAAAAAAGUUGGAGAGUAUUGAGGUGGAUCUGAAAACUUAUAACUGUUCUUCUAUGACUGAGUUCGUGGAAAUACUUAAAUCUAGGGAAAGCGAUAUUAUAAUGUGGCGUACAAAGGCUGAAACUUUGGAGAAUUCAAAUAACCUAAAUAACGAUAGAGAAAUUUCUUUGCAUGAAAAAGAAGUUAUCAUUGCUACUAAAGAAGGAUAUUUGGAAGGCAAGGAAGUAGCUCUUGGUCAACUAGAAACAAAAUUACAAUCUCAGGAGUUACUACUUAAUGAAAGAUCAAAUGAGUUAGAUAUGAAACUAUCGCAAGUUUUACAAGCUGAAAAAGAUAUUGAAGGUGAGAGACUAGUUUUGAGGGAGCGUAACACCAAACUUGAAAUAAGAGAAAGAGAAGCUAUUAGACUUGAUGAGGAAUUGAAGUCUCGUGAAAAAGCUCAGCAAUUACAAAGUAUAAAUUUUGAAACACAAAAAUUUGAACUAAAUAAACUUGAACAUCAUUUGGAAACUCGUCAACAAGAAUUAGACGAAUGCAGAAUGGAACUAUUAACUCUACGUGAUGAAGUAGAAGCUCGUCAACUGCAAAUUAAUGAACAAGUAAAGGACCUAAGCUAUAGAGAAGAUAACUUGAAUAAGCUUAGAGAUGAAUUAGAGGCUAAUAGACGACUGCAAAGUGAGGAGUCUGUAGAUAAUUCUAAAUAUGAAGAGGAUUAUAAGAUACGUAAAGCAGAAUUAGAGGCUGAAUAUGGAUCUCAGAAAAAUCGACUAGAAGAUUUCCAAUCUUUGCUUCAAAGUCGCCAACAAGCUAUUGAUAAAGAGAAAAAGGUAAUUGAUGAAAGAUAUAAACACUUGACUCAGAAAGAAGAGCAGAUUGAAAAGUUGAAGAUACUAGUAGACUCUCAAAAGAGUGAAUUAAAUAUCCGACAGCAGGAGUUUGAUGAGUACAUACGUGAGCUUGAAAGUAGACAAAAGGAAUUUGAGAGUUUUUGGCAUGAACUUGAUAGAAGGCAAAAGAAUAUAACAAUACGGGAGCAUGAAUUAGAUGAACGUCAGGCAUUAUUAGAUAAUCACGAAAUAUCUUUGAAUAAUCAGGAGAAACAAUCCCUUAUUGAAAAAGAAAUUGCAUUAGCAAAUAAAGAGCAAAUAAUCUAUACUAGGGAAACAUCUUUGAAUAGUAAAGAAAAGAAUUUACUAGAAAAGGAAGAUAGCUUAAGAUGUAUGGAAGUGAAUAUUGCUGAUAAGAAAAGUGUACUUAAUGAACAGGAAGUUUUGAUAGGGAAUAGGGAAAUAAAGCUUAGUGAAAGAGAGGCGUCACUAAACACUAGAGACAUUAUGUUGAAGAACAAAGAAAUGAGUAUAAAUAAUAAGGAGAUAUUUUUAACUGAUAAAGAAACUAGCUUCAACAAAAAGGAGCUUGAACUUAAUGAACAAGAGAAUAAGCUUAAGAUAAAAGAGGCCACUUUGGCAGAAGAGGAACUAGUUCUAACAAAUAGAUUGGCACAUUGUAAAGAAUGUGAAUCUACUUUAUCUCAGAAAGAAAAAAUUUUGUUAGAAAAGGAAGUGGAUCUUAGAAAUCAUGAACUACAACUUAAUGAAAAACAGAAGCAAGUGCUACUAGAAAGAAAAUCUAUAACUGAUGAAAUCUCCAAGAUAAAGGAGAAAGAAGAACUGAUAUACGACAAAGAAUCGCAGAUAAAGAAGUUGGAACAUGAACUGUUUGAAAUGGAAGCUACUAUUAAACUAAGAGAGAAGGAAGUAGAGGAACAGUAUUUCCAGUUUCAUAAAAACAAGAAAGAAGUUGAAGAACUAAAACAAUUUAUUCAGCAUCUUGAAAGUGAGAAAAUUGAGAAUGAAAGGCAAAUACGGAAGACAUAUGAUUCUCUCAAACAGCAAGUACAGGAGGAAAUGAAACAAAAGGAGGAUCUUCUAUAUACUGUACUGCACCUACAUAAACAAAUCAAUGAUAUGAGUACUUGUAUGAAGGAAACUAGCAAUACAGCAAAAAUAGUAAAUGAUGUGGCUGUAACAGCUGGUAUAGAGGAGGAAAAUAACAUUACUGUUUCUCUAGGAAAUAAGAAAGAAGUAGGAAAUAGGAGUUAUAAUGGUAAAGUCUAUGUAGAUCAGAAUAAGGAUGAAAAUGCUAGUAAUAACUUUGUAGAAACAUUGGAAAAAGCUAUGCAAAGGUUUUAUGAGAAACUCCAAACUAUAGAGGAUCGUGAAGAAUCUUUGCUAAAGGAGCUCGAGAAUCUUAGUGAUAAAAAUGGGAGGUAUUUAAACUCUAAUAGAGGUGAAGAUAAGAAAGAUGAGAGUGUUGAAACUGAUAGCAUUGAAUUAUGUAAUUCAUUAGAUACCAAUUUAUCGGCAUCUGCAUACUCAACAGCUAAUGGACAAACUUCUCAAUUAGCAGCACAAAUCUUACCAGGUUCACAACCAACCCCUGCAGUAAUAACGCAAGUUCCAUCAAAUCAACUAUCAACUGUAACACAGGUUACAAAUCAACAGGUAGCAUCAGUGGCACAAGUACCAAUAGCAACUCCAAUGCCUACAACACCAUGUACUACUGUUCCAAUGGUUGUUCAAGCAUCUAUUCCUACUACAUCUCCUCUACUAUACCCAGAUUCUCCACUAUUAUUAAUGCCACUACUAACGGAUAUAAAAAAUGAUAUUAAUGAGCUUAAGAAGACAUCAAAUACCUUAAGUGUCGUUCCUACUCUUACUGACAAUUUAUCCAAAGUAGAUUUAAGCAGCGAUAGUAAUAUGCUAGGAGUACUGACACGUAACUCAAAUGUACUUACAAAUAUUAAUGUGGAUAAUAACAAUGGUCCCUUAAUUUCAUCUUCACAAGGGGUUAAUAGUUCAUCAGUAUAUAGUGGUAAUUGCAGCAUUAAUGAGUCUCAGCCUAAACAAUUUGACUCUAUGCAGAGAAAUGGACAAAAUAAUAGUCUAGUAAAUCAUAAUUCAGGUGGGUCACUAAAUUUUCAAAUAGGUCAUUGUGAUGAUAACAGUGUAUACAAUGGUAAUUUAGUAAAUCAGUCAUCAGCGGCUUUAAAUAGUAUACUGGGAAGUAGUUUACAUCAGCAUCCUUUUCAAAAUUCUCAGCCAAAUGACCAUAGUUCAUAUUACCCCUUUAUUGGGAAUAAUAACAAUAGUGCAGUUAGAGUUUCAAACCAGGCAAAUAAUGUGCUUUAUAAGCAUCCAAACUACGUCCGCCCAUCUAGUGGUUCUGCCUCAAGUUCAGCUUCACUCAACAAUAGAGAAAGCGCAAGAAAACUCCUCGAAAGCGAACUUCAAAGCUUAAGACGAUGGAAAAAGGGUAUGCAACAAUGGGACUCUGAGAUAAUGUCCCAAGCGAAAAGAGAAGAUGAUGCUUCAUCAUGGAAGCAAUUCCUUGAUAACCAAAUGAAGUUCAUUGCUAAAAAGUUGGAACGUAGACUAUCUGAUGCACUUCAAAAAUAA